AAGUCGACAGCCGGUGAGAAAAGUGCAACUUUUGAUUUCAUCGUUAACAAGUUUUCUUACAUACAAAAAACCAAAAUGGAUAAGCGUGGCGUUGAUAACCGUUCAAACCAGCAGAACCCCAACCAUCAACCAACUGGACCUGGUCGUUCCGCAGGAUAUCAAGGCGCAGGAACCAGAUCUGAUUUGAAUAACCAUGCAAAUCAAUCGAAUCCUAACAGUUCCGCUUAUCAGUCAUCCAGAAAAUAAAAUGUAUAGUAUUCAGUUGUAUAAUGUGUUAGUGCAUUCGAUACAUCUUUACAUACAUAAAUAAAGAAUGAAUAAAUAAA